AUGCCAGUCCUCCGGGUGUAUUUGGAUGAGGAGGCAGACCUGAAGCCAGACUACCGGCUGACCAGAGCUUCCCUGGACAACCUGAUUGCAAUAACCAGUACCCAGCAAGACCAUGGAUGGGGCCACUACCUGGAGGUGCUGGUGUUUAUGUUCUGGCUAGCCAGUGCCACCUCGUACAGGGUAGUGUCAAGGACCUUUGACAUCCCUCGCACGACCAUCCAUGACAUGGUUCAUAAAAUGUCAGGCAAGCUCCUCAAAAUCCUGCCGAGAAUCAUCCGCCUACCAUCCGUUGCUGAGCUGGAGGAGAUAGGGAAUGGGUUUGCCCGUCUAGCAGGGUCCCCUGCAUUCUCCAGGGUAGUGGGCAGUAUAGAUGGGUGCCAAAUACGCAUCAAACCACCAUCUGUUGAUGGCCUCUGUUAUAUGAACAGGAAGCUGUUCCCGUCCAUCCAGCUACAGGCCGUCUGUGACCACACAGGGAGGUACCUGGACAUUUUCGCAGGCUACCCAGGGUCUGUUCAUGACUCCAGGGUCCUCAAAAACAGCCCUCUUUAUACAGAGCAGCGGUAUCCACCCCAAGGGUUUUUUAUCCUUGGGGAUGGUGGGUACCCCUGUCUGUCUGCCCCCAUCGCCCUCAUCACGCCAUACAAGGAGCCAGUCCACCUGGCUACAGCAAGGCGGUUCAAUCACCACCACGCCAAAGCCAGGUCCAUCGUAGAGCGCUCUUUUGGGAGUAUGAAGACUCGCUGGAGGGCCAUUUUUUUUAAGGCGCUAGAGGUGAAACCAACUUUUUCACCUCAAAUCAUCGCCUGUUGUGCCAUGCUCCACAACAUCUGCCUCGUCAAUGGCGACAUUGUGGAGCCAGCAGAUGACUGGCCUGGUGAAGAUGCUGGGGAGCCACAUCACCACCAGGACCAGCAAAGUGGGGAGUGCAUCCGGGAGAGAAUGGCUGCAGCUGUCUCUGCUCCUGAUGGCCCGGUGGCAGCCCUGGAGCAUCAUGACUAUGUAUAA